UGCGUAUGACAAAACAGGGCAAUUGUGUAGAACAAUUUAGUCUAGAUGUGAGCGGAAUCCACCGGCUGGUGCUGCUAAAGAGAAAUGGAGAGAUGUGUAAACGCUUGGAAGUGGUCUCAGUUGUGUGUUAUGUUAGCUCUCUUCUUGUGAAACUGCUUUAUUUGAUUUAAUGUCAAUAGGAGACGUGGGACAUUUUGAACGAAUCGUUUCCUAACUACUACACACUCAGGCUAUUCAAGGAGUUGACCAGCGGUUUAGCGUUGCCAUGCUAACAAGUUGGUAAUAACGUGAGUGGAAGUUAGGUUUGUGUUAUCAUCCGCAGUCUUAUAAUAACGCUUCUAGGGAAAAACAUAUUUCAAGAGUUCAAUUGACAGACCCUGGAGUGGAAUCAAGUUCAGACAUCCUUGGAUAGUCGUUCGAAUGCGGUAAUUUUACAACUAGAGCGAAACAUCUGGUGGACGGAGAAAAUGGAUCAUUGUUGACUCUAAGGCAAGAGCAGAAUCGAAUAUUAUUGUUACAAGUUAAUCAGUUUCACGUCAUGCGGAUUUCAAAGAAAGGAGUUUAAGUUACCAGCAGAAAAACAUCAAUCCGUUGCAGAAAACUGAAAGGAAGUUUCGUCAAAUUCAGUUUUUGUUACAUUGGCUCAAGUUCGAAGAAGAGAGUGAUCAUUUUAUAUAUAAAAAUGGAUAUUCCCCUGGAUUUGUUCGUGACAGAGUAGUGUUCUGCCGUCAGGAUUUACAAACAGGGGUCUUCAGGACCAUUUCAUGAAUUAUAGAUACAUCCUGUAUACAGUUCACCACUGACCACUGAAGUCAAGAAAGGUUCGAAUCUGACAUUGUACACCAUGUGUGCAUAUGAUGUACCAGACAUCGUCACACCAUAUAUAUAUAUAUAUAUGACGUAAUUGCCAUCGUCGCGCUACAUGCAUAUGUCACGUACUGUACAUCGUCAUAGUACGUCAAUAUAUGGCGUCGCUGAUAUCGCACUUCUGAAUAUGACGUACUGGAGAUCGUCACACUACAUGCAUAUAUGAGGUGCGUGACAUCUUCACACUACAUCCGGACGUGACAUACUGGAGAUCGUAACACUACAUGUCUAUAUGAAGUACUCAAGAUCGAUAUGCAUCAUGUAUAUAUGACGUAUCUGCCAUUCCGACGCCACACACAUAAACAGCUAAUCUUACAUCGUCACACUUAAAGAAUAUUUCAUUACAUCUAUCCUCAACUACAACAACCCUUUUGUAUAUUUUGUUGACAUCAAAUACAACAUGAACACUGUUGGGACCUCACCUACCUUGUACACAGUGUUAUGAUAUAUGUACACGCAGUGUUAUGACAACAAAUACAACACAGCUACUGGAAGGAGUGCCUGCCGUAUUGGAUGUGAUAUUUCUGACAUAUUAUUACGGAAUGUUCCUCUUGAUUGCUUGUGUCAACGUACCUGGCAACAUCCUCGUCAUCGUAACGGUACUGCGUCACGAACCACUUCGUCAGCCUUGCAACUACUACAUCAGUAGCCUGGCAGUGUCUGAUCUCAUCCUGGGUUUUGUGUACCCACUAUAUAACAUAUCGCACAUAGGAAUACCAGCUAUAACGUGCCCGUUAGGUAAAUGGUCUGUGUGUCGAAUCCUGGUGUCCCAGGUCCUAGCCCUCGAGAUCUGCUCCUCCUAUCACCUCGUGGCCAUCACGGUCACUCGCUACAUCGCCAUCGUCCAUCCUCUCCGCUACCAUCACUAUAUCACCACAAGGAGCACUGCUAUCUGGAUCCCCAUCAUCUGGGUUCUCUCAGAGGGUGUCGCUGUGGCACAGUAUACCUUUUAUGAUCCAGUUGAUUACAAGGGCAUCUGCCAAUAUGAGCUUAUCUUCUCCCUGCAUCAUGUCGGGAUCCUGUUUGUUAUCCAACUCUUCUUCCCACUCAGCGUCAUGGUGGGGCUCUACUACAAGAUUGCACGCAUCGCCCGCAGGCAUGCGAAGGUUAUGUCGCUCCAUGAACCGCCACGACCCUCGCCAUUCCGGAUAUCAUUCAGCAGAUCAAGCAGCAUCCUCGGACGGGAGGUUAAAUCCACCAUCAUGGUGUCAAUCCUCUUGUUCAGUUUCGCCGUGGGCUGGACACCAAUGGUCAUCUACUUUUUCGUCAGUAUCGCAUGCGAAACCUGCCACAUCAACCGUUUCAUCAGGGCCAGUGCCCGUAUUCUGCUGUACAUGACGUCAGCAGUCAACAUUUUCAUUUACGCUGGUCGUCUCGGUGACUUCAGGGAGUUCAUACGCCGUGAUCUAAGGAAGACGUUCCGAUGUGUUGUGAAAAGGCUGCAGAGGAACACAAACUGAUGGGUUAUCCUGAAGUUAUCCUAUCAGCAUACCACCAACUACCUGAAACUGUUCAUCUAACAUCUCCACGCAGCCAUUAAACUGUUGAUAUUUAAGGAACGAUAUUAAUAGUUUGCUAAUUUUAAACGCCAAUGACGUCGACCAUAAUGUGAUAAUAUACUCACCGCUAAUACGCGAACUAUAGAAAGAUCUAGAGAAGCAUUUACGUUAAUAAGAGAUGUUUCCAAUGUGUACCAAUUAAUGACAAAACUAACAAUUAGUCGAGAGUAACCACAGAGUGACUCUUUUUCUUGUCCCGUUAUGCUGCACGUGAUUUCCAAACUUGGCAUGCUAUUCCAGCACGAGAUGUAUGAAGCAUCUCGAGUCAUGGAUCUAUGAAGUUACAUGUGAUGCGUUCAUUAGCAUCGGUUCACACAACAUACCAAUAUGUUCGUUUGUGCAUCGAACCAAACUAAUAUCUCUUGAAUACGAGUAAGUCUUUAUAUAUUAACCAACAUGUAUGGUAUUCGGGUUCUUUUGGCGGUGAGUAUACUCACACAUUCUUAUCUGUAUUGUCUUGUAUCGUUGACACUUAAAGUAUUCUUUUGGCGCAAAA